CCACGAACUGAGCUGUGGGCGGAGGAUAUGGAUCGCCGCAUUAGCUGUGCCAUUGACUACGGUCGCAAACGUCGUUUCCUUAACGACGGUGACAAUGUUGUAGUGGUAACAGGCUGGAAGGCCGGAUCAGGUGCCACCAACUCUCUGCGUAUCAUUCAACUUGGCACUCCUGCGGAGACUCAUGUUCUUGGUGUGCCAGAACUCAAGGAUUUUAAGGACUAG